CUUCGAUUAUAUCUUCGUCGAUUUCUAUGCUCCUUGGUGUGGUCACUGCAAACGUCUUUCUCCUGAGAAAGAAGCUGUUUUCCAUGAGCAACAAAGUUCAAGUGGCUGAGGAAAACACUGCUGGGGGGCUGAUCUUAGCUGCUGGAUUAGCUUGUUUAUGGUCACUAGUGAGGAAUUACUCAUUCUGUUACUUCUUGUGACUUUAUUUUCUCUUGUGGUACUGGUCAAAUGCUUCCUCACCAGAAUUUGUAAGGUUCAUAUGCAAAGUCAAUUAUCCAAUCAAGAGAGAGAAAAAAAAAGAGUUCUGCAAUACCUUGGAAAGCAAGUCAUUCCCCAAUACAUAAAGUGGAGAAGAAAAUGGGAGCACUAGAGGAUAGUGAGAUCGAAAAAGGAUAUAUUGAUUAAAUGUCAAGGCUUAGAGUAAUCGUGCAAAGGAAGUUCAUUGGUGUCAGACAAUAUCAUGAUAUGUCAUUUGGACAAAGCGUCUGUCAAUCUUGCUGUAUUGAAGCAGCCAGUUGUAAUUGCAAAAGUAGAUGCUGACAAAUACAGUCGUCUUGCUUCUAAAUAUGAAAUUGAUGGAUUUCCUACUUUGAAGAUAUUCAUGCAUGGAGUUCCAACAGAUUAUUAUGGACCAAGAAAGGCAGAUUUACUUGUGAGAUUUUUGAAGAAGUUUGUCGCUUCUGAUGUGGCCAUACUCAAUUCUGACUCUGCAAUUAGUGAAUUUAUUGAAGAAGCUGGCAAAAAUUUUCCUAUAUUCAUAGGCUUUGGUUUGAGUGAGUCUGUCAUAUCACAUUUGGCGGUGAAAUACAAGAAAAAUGCAUGGUUUUCUGUGGCAAAAGAUUUCUCGGAUAAAACAAUGGAAUUCUAUGAUUUUGACAAAGUACCUGCAUUGGUAGCCCUUCAUCUGAGCUAUAAUGAACAGAGCAUAUUUUAUGGCCCCUUUGAAGAGAAGUUCCUUGAGGAUUAUAUCAAACAGAGCUUGCUCCCUCUGGUUUUACCUAUUAAUCAAGAUUCUCUGAAGUCGUUGAAAGACGACAAGAGGAAAAUUGUUCUAACAAUUGUGGAAGAUGAGAAUGAUGAGAGGUCAAAAGGACUAGUAAAACUCUUGAAAGCUGCUGCAUCUGCGAACCGUGACUUGGUGUUUGCUUUUGUUGGGUUCAAGCAGUGGCAAGACUUUGCCGAGUCAUUUGAUGUAUCUAAGAAAAUUAAUCUACCAAUGAUGAUUGUAUGGGACGGAGACGAGGAGUAUUUUUCAGUCAUCGGCUCAGACAGUGUUGAAGAUGAAGAUCAGGGGUCCCAAAUUACGCGGUUUCUUAAAGGCUACAGGGAAGGAAGUGUUAUACAGAAACACAUCACUUCAGAUGCUUACAAGGCUUUCAGAAACUCAAUGUAUAUGAUCGGAGCACUUAUCCUUGUUCUCGUUGUGAUACUGGUGGUGACGAUCAUGCAGUCUGUGAAAGAGGAGCCCUCAAAAGAGCAUGUUGAUCAUCCAGGGAGCUCUACAUCUCCAUCAGAAGCCAGAGAAGCACUUUGUCCUGGCGAUAAAGAAGAAAAGAUAGAUUAAGUUCACUUUUUGGAACAUUAAUUUCAGUCUCACAGAAAUAAAUAGCUUGAGAAAUUUUUGACAAGAUGAGCAAUUGACAUGGCAGCCUCAGAGAGAUGUUUUAAGUUUCAGAUCCAUAAUUUAUCAUAAGCAAAUACACGAACAGCUAUACUUGUAGAAUUGCUUUGUAGGAUACUCUGCAUCCACUGAUGGGAAAGGAAUGCUUUAGUGAAAGGAUUGGUGAUUUAUUUAUUAUUGAAGUUGUAAGGACAAAUUUUACUUUGUCUUGUGUAUAAUAUGAAUUAGAAAAACAAAACACGAGAAUGUUACUUUGUUUUAUUCUUAUACAUAAUAUAUGUUGUUAAAUCCCGCAGCAUGUUGAAAGCAAAA